UAUUCGCUCUUCAUCGCACUGCUUCAUAAACCCUAAACCUUCGCUCCAUCCCCAAACACGGCAUUUCGACUCUCCCCUCGACAAGAUGUAAAAGAAUACAGAGUAUUAUAAAUAUCUCAUCUUUCUCAAGAUACCAAUGAAUGUUUGGAUUCUUGAUUUAACUGUAGCCAAUGUCUAAAGAAGCUAAUCUUUUUACAUGUUUCCUUACAUAUUUUGUAGCCAUGUUAUUUCUAUUCCGCAGUCUUAUGGCCGUCAGACUCAGAAACUUACACAAUCAUAUUGUAAGCACGUCCAAAUCUACUGCUCCAAGUAAUUCAUUUUCAUACAAUUUCCUUUUACGGGUAUCUGAUUUUUUCUGUAUUUUUGGGUACCCAUUUUCCACAAAUGCAAAUUCUAGCAGUUUUGACGGAUUUUUUGAUAAAGAAUCGAUAAGGAAAAUUAUAAGUGAAGAGAAAUGGGAUGAUUUUAGGAUAGUGGGUUGCUUUGAAUCAGCUCUAGCUCCUGUUUUAGUGUCCAGAAUCUUAAUUGAAUUAAAACAGGAACCUAGAUUAGCUUUCAGGUUAUUCAAGUGGGCCCAAAUACGAAAUGGGUUUCAGCAUACAACAGAAAAUUAUUGUGUCAUGGCUCAUAUUUUGUUCUGUUCAAGAAUGUACAACGAUGCCCAUAAUGUUCUAAGACAACUAGUGAGUUUGAAUACAAGGAAUAAUGACAAUAAGAUUAAAAUAUUUCCUUGUGAUAUAUUUGAUGCCUUGUGGUUGACAAGAAAUGUUUGUGUUCCGGGUUAUGGAGUUUUCGAUACUUUAUUUAGCGUAUUGGUUGAGGUGGGAUUACUAGAGGAAGCGAGGGAGUGUUUUACGAGGAUGAUAAGGUUUAGACUGCGGCCAAAAACCCGGUCUUGUAAUUUUCUUUUGCAUGGACUUGCAAAGGCUGGGGAAGGAGGGUUGGUGAAAAAGUGCUUCAUAGAUAUGGUUGGGGCAGGAAUUGAACCGUCUGUGUAUACAUAUAAUAUAAUGAUUAGUUAUAUGUGUAAUGAAGGUGAUGUGAAGGCUGCUAGACAUCUGUUUGCAAGGAUGAAGGAGAUAGGCAUUAUUCCGGAUGCUAUUACAUAUAAUGCCCUAAUUGAUGGGCAUGGGAAGCUAGGAGAAUUGGAUAAUAUGCUUUGUAUAUAUGAGGAAAUGCAGGCAGUAGGCUGUUCUCCGGACGUCAUAACAUACAAUACAUUGAUUAAUUGUUUUUGUAAAUUCGAGGAGAUGCCCCGGGCAUUUGAAUUUCUCCGGGAGAUGAAGCAAAGAGGUCUGAAACCUAAUGUUGUAACUUAUAGCACAUUUAUAGAUGCUUUUUGUAAAAAAGGAAUGUUGCCACAGGCAAUUAAACUUUUUGUUGACAUGAGGAGAGUUGGUCUUACUCCAAAUGAAUUUACAUAUACUUCUUUGGUUGAUGCAAAUUGUAAAGUAGGUAAUCUAGACGAUGCUCUGAAGUUGGUCAAAGAGAUGUUGGAAGCAGCCGUCAAGUUAAAUGUGGUUACCUACACGGUGUUGCUUGAUGGACUAUGUGAAGAAGGGAAGAUAAAGGAAGCGGAAGAAGUUUUUAGGGUGAUGCAGAAAGAUGGUGUAGUUCCCAAUGAGAAAAGCUAUACGGCACUUGUUCAUGGGUACUUUAAAGCAGAUAGGAUGGCGGAUGCCAUGGAUGUUUUGACACAAAUGAGUGAAAAUAAGAUCAAACGUGAUUUGCUGCUCUAUGGAACUAUAGUCUGGGGCCUUUGCAACCAGGGAAAGUUUGACGAUGUGAAAGUUUUGCUUGAUGAAAUGAAGGCGCAUGGUAGAGAGUUGAAUCGUGUGAUAUAUACAACACUAAUUGAUGCAUACUUUAAGGCUGGCAAAGCCACAGAAGCACGAAAAUUGCUAAAUGAAAUGCAAGAAAAAGGUGUUGCUCCUAGUAUUGUGACAUAUUGCUCAUUGAUUGAUGGAUUGUGUGGAUUGGGAUGUGUUGAGGAAGCAAUUGAUCAUUUCCAUAACAUGCAAAGCAUUGGCUUGCAACCUAAUGUCGUGGCUUAUACAGCACUAGUUGAUGGCCUUUGUAAAAAUAAACGUUUGGAGGCUGCUCAAGAGCUUUUUCUUGAAAUGCUUGAUAAGGGCAUGCUUCCAGAUAAAAUUGCCUAUACAUCUCUGGUUAAUGGAAGCUUAAAGGAGGGAAAUGUUCAAGAAGCCUUGGAUCUGGUGAAGAGAAUGAUUGAAACAGGUGUGGAGCUGGAUCUUCAUACUUACACAUCUUUGAUUUCUGGGCUCUCUAGAAAUGGUCAAGUGCAGCAAGCAAGGGAUUUGCUUGAUGAGAUGAUUGAAAAAGGGGUCCAUCCUGAUGAGGUCGUGUAUGGUUGUCUCAUAAGAAAGUAUCACGAGCUUGGAAAUGUCGAAGAAGCUAAUUUCUUGCAAAAUGAAAUGAUGAAAAGGGGUCUUGUAACCAUGGCAAGUGAAUGUUCUGCACAAAAUGUGCAAAACUAAGCAUUUCUAAACCUUGUAUUCAUUGUGAUAAUUUGAGUUUACUAUCUUGGAAUGAAGCAUAAGAGAUCUGCACAAAGAAGCUGCUUGCUUUUUUUUCCUUUCAGACCUCCUCAUCUCCAAAUUGCGGACCCAUCAUCAGGGAAGACGAUUGGCAGUGUUAAGGAGUGUGAGGGACUAUACUACUUUGAUGAGGUUGAUAUGAGAGUUCAUGUCCCAGCUACUGCAAUCAUAACAAGUAGUCAUGCACCAUAAUAUAGCAAAACGAAUUUUGAUAACAUCCUAUGUUACAUGGAUUAUGCCAAUUAAACUUCCAGUGGUACCAAUCAAUUGGAGAAAGGACAUAGCGCUUUCAUAGAUGAAACAUGUUGUAAGCUUGAUUUGUUGAUCCUGAUAACGAUAGUGAUAUGCAGGACAAACAUGGUUAUAGCUUGUCCAAGUUGAAAAGAAAUAGUUCAUUUGGUCUCAGAUGCUAUGAGAAAAUAAUUUAAAAAGAAUAGAAGCAGCAAUGGAACAGGUCGAUAAUCGAACACAGGAAUAGCUGCAGCCAGUCUUGGAAAAUCAUCAACGAUGCUGUACAGCUAGCUAAACUGUACAAUAUGCUAUUUAUUCAACCACAUGGUGGGUUCACACCACAACACACUUGGACAUUGCAAUACCACUUUUGGACAUGGAAUGGUGCUAACCUUAUAGUCUCUGAUAAAUCACAAACAACAAUUGAAAUGCCAUUCAAGAAUUUCUUACCAAAUCUGAAAUUUGUUGUAUUACAUGGAAUAAAUCUCAAUUAAAAUGUAAUGGGUUCUAUUUCGGUAAUCCUAGUGGCUCUCACACUAAAUUUCAAGUUUUGGUGCAUGUUUGUGUAUGAAUUUCUAUUUAUUUUCGUCA